AUCUGUACCGUUAUUUAUUCACCAUCUGUUUUAGUUUGAUUUGGCGCUAUUUUAACCUCGGACUCAUCGUUGCAACUUGUGAAAUCUUACAAUCACUAGGAUUUAUUUAAACAUAAUUUGAUGGCUUCUUCAAAGACUAAAGAUUCAAAUCCUCUGCCAUGGCGAGAGGCUGCCUCUCUGAUUAUCGUCACACGAGCCUCUGUCCCACAAAUUGUAGGAUCUAAUUUAAGUGAAAACAUGAUUGCAACCUCACGAGUUUUACCAACAUCAAAGCCGUCAUUUUCAUCGUCAUCACCAUCUCUGCCAUCAACAAUUUUAACCCCAUCUUCUUCAUCUGUACCAAACACACAAUUAGUUGCCUGUAAAUCCAAUUCAAGAACUCAAAUUCUUCCAAGAUCAGUUGAUUAUCGUCUUUUGAUGGUUAAAAGAAGCAAUAUUGCGUCUUUCCUGGCCUCAGCAUUUGUUUUUCCUGGUGGUAAAGUUGAUGCAUCUGAUUAUUCAUCUCAAUGGUGGUCUAUAUUCUGUGAUACAUGUUCUCUUAAUCAAUCACAAUUAGUGGAUAGCAUAAGGAGUCGAACAAAGGGUCCUCGUCCACCAAUGAUCACUUCACCUUUAACUAUGCCCGUACCCACCAAAUUAGACUUACAAAGCCCACUUCCACCUGAUUUAUCGCUUAGAAUCACAGCAAUUCGAGAGACUUUCGAAGAAACAGGAGUCCUUUUACUGACCAACUCACCCAAUAAAACCAAUUCAAAUGGAUCACUUACCAAUAAUGAUUUAUCACCUAUUGAAUUAUCUGAAUGGCGAGAAAAGGUCCAUUCAAAUGGGUCUAACUUUAUUGAGCUUUGUCGAUUUUUAAAACAAUCUCCAGAUAUUUGGUCCUUAUAUGAAUGGUGGGACUGGUUGACACCUAAAUCAGUUGGCCAUCGAAGAUUUGACACAAUGUUUUACGUGUGUUGCCUCGAUAAACAACCAAAUGUUGUUGUGGAUAAUAAAGAGGUGACAACAUUAAAGUGGUGUUCACCUCUUGAAAUGCUAACGGAACACGCCGAAGGAAAUAUAUUUCUCGCACCACCUCAAGUAUAUGAACUAUCUCGACUUCAACAUCUUCCCAAUUUCAAAAGUGUCCGAAGCUUUGUUUCAACCCGAGAAACAUUAGGAGUUGAGCGUUGGUUACCAGUUAUAUCAACCUUCAAUGACGGAGCGCUUUCUUUACUGCCAGGAGAUGAUUCUUACCCAAAUGAACCUGAUUACACUGGAACUGAUCCAGUUGAGGACAACGAUGGCCUUUUAGUUGAAUCACGAUCAAAAUGCGUCAAAUUCAACCGCUUAGAGCUUCAUGGGCCGAUUUGCAGUUGCCUUGUUAAUAUUCAAUUAUCUUGUGGCCAUUUAACUCCAAUUUCACUGGAAUCAUUAGCACCUUCAAUGAAAUCAAUGCUAUAAUAGGAAAACGCAAUAGAAGAAUCUUUCACUUAUAUUUUUUAUCGUCAAAAAUUUAAGUUCAUUUUACAAUUAGACUGUGAAAUAUUUGGAAUCAAUGUACCAACGUUUUAGAAAUGGUUAGAUUACACCUAAGUGGUGAUCAACGUUUGAAUUAUCAUGGUUUUUAUGCAAAAUGUGUUAAAUGCUACACUUGAACAAAUUUAACAUCAAUGACCAAAUUAGUGAGACCUUUCAACAUAUAAACAAGCAUAUUACAAAAAAAAUCAA